AUGACAGAAUCACGGGGGUUUGUGUUUUCUCCUAACGGACGGAACAGUGUCGAUAUGAACAUCAAUUCAAAGGCUGUGGAUCGCCCCUUUACCAUAGAUGGUGGCGAUGAGACCUGUGUUGCCCAUAGCGACGCAGAAAAUGGAAGUCAAGGAAAAAUAAUGUUUGGUCCUUUGAGCAAAGAAGAGUCUGAACGACUUCAACGUGAAGCGAAUGAGGAGACAACUAAGAGCGAGGAUUUGCGGCUGUUUUUGCAGGAGAUGCAUCAACACAUGCAACAGCAACAGCAACAACAACAAUAUCAACAGCAGCAAUAUCAAGUUGGUUCUACCUCGCAGAUGUUAGGGAGUAGCGGUAUUUCACACCACCAGCUUCAACACCAGACUUCCACACGCAGCCAUGUUCUUCAGCACAUGUCUACUCCUGCCAACACACAGAAACGCUCUGUCAUUGGACCUGAACAGGAUAACGUGAUUGACAGUUCUCCAGAUGGUGGUUGGGGCUGGGUUGUGGUCUUCAGCUCUUUUGUUUGUAUGAUCCUUGUGGAUGGGAUUUGCCUCUCCUAUGGCCUCCUUGUGGCACCAGUUUGCCCUGGCAACAGCCUCCAGGCUGUGGAGGUGCCAACUCCCAUGCUGUCACGCUCCCGCCUCCUUACUGCCACCUCGCUUGGCAUUGUUUGGUCCUCCAAAGCCCGCACAAUUCCUAUCCCUCCUGGCACUUGCGUGGGCAUCUCGGAGAUGGGAGAAGCAUUGGCCACACAAUCGCGCGUGGCUCUCAUGGCUCCUGGGGGCUUGUUGGUAGGAUUCUACCUUCUGUUGGGUCCUCUAGCUAGCGCGCUUAGCAAUCAAUUUGACUUUCGACCUGUGGCUAUGGUUGGAGGUGUGAUUGCAACGGUGGGUCUCCUGACAUCUGCCUUCUCCACUAAUGUAGCGAUGCUCACUGCAACUCUGGGUGGCAUUGGAGGCAUUGGAUUUGGUCUAAUCUACCUCCCAGCCAUAGCAACAGUAGGCCACUGGUUCAAACGCCGAAGACCUUUCGCCGUGGGAUUGGCACUCUGUGGCAGUGGGGUCGGCAGCAUUGUUGGGGGUCAGGUCUUUCCCCUUCUAGUUCAGUGGUUUUCAUGGAGUGGCACACUCAUCGUUCUAGCCGCUUUCUGUAUGCAGUGCCUUCUCCUAGUUCCCAAGUCUUUUGCGAAUGAAAAGAAAAGACUUCUGGACUCGGUGGAAAAUUCAAUAGACUUUGUGAAAAUGCAUAUGCGUAUGUCAAACAUAUUCUGUCACUCCUUCGGCACCAAAUUUCGUCAAUUCAUCACAUCUGUCGGUCAAGCAUACAGCAAUAAGCCCGUAAAAGACCUUUAUAUAGACGAAGUCUACCAGUAUUUCAGUUGGUGCCAAGCUACUUAUAACGUAACGACGACCCUGUACCACCAACGAAUUGACAAUCUCAACCACCAGCAGCCCUCCUCCUCCACAACAAAGUCAACUGCCAUCAGUCAAGCAACAACAGUGUCCAUCACAGCGUCACCUCCUCCUCCUCCUCUUCCACUCACUUUCGCCUGUGUGUGA